ACGAUGUCGAACGUCUCCAGGCGCCCAAACAAGGAGCAGCGCACGGCUCUAGCCCAGCAGACACUCGCGCUCACUGCGCGGAUCAUCAACACCACCAAUGCCACAAAUGAAGCAGACCUAUACUCGACACUUCUACCCCGAAUUACCCCAGAUCCAAAUGGAACACGACCAAGAGUCACAGUUCAAAACAGCGACAGCUUCACAGCCGCCCGCCUCGUCCUGGAAAACAACCCAACGGCCAAGAUUGGCGUUCUAAACAUGGCCAGCGAGCGCCAACCCGGAGGUGGAUGGCUUCGUGGAGCACUGGCGCAAGAAGAGGCUCUGUGCUUUCGCAGUACACUCGCUGCAGCUCUGCACAGGCAAUUCUACCCGCUUCCUGUGUUCGGAACUAUCUGGUCUCCGAACGUCACUGUGUUUAAGGAUGAGGUGGAUACCUGGUUUCGGGUUUAUCAACCGGCUGAGAUGUUUACUGUUGGGGUUGUCAGUCUUGCGGCUCUCAGAAGACCCCUUCUUACCCCUGAUAAGAGGAACUAUGCCCGCCCACAAGAUCUUCGAACCGUCAAGGAUAAAAUAAGACAGGUGUUUCGUGUUCUCACAGUCAAUGGUACAACGCACUGUGUGAUGGGGGCGAUGGGAUGUGGUGCAUUUCAAAACCCCCCAGUCGUGGUCGCUCAGUGUUUCAAAGAUGUCCUCGAGGAAGGAGAGUUCAAUGGCGCAUUUGAAGAAAUCAUUUUCGCAGUUUUGGACAGCAGAGUGGAAGGAAACUUUGAGAUAUUCCGCGAUGCCUUACAGACAUCCUGA